AUGAUCGACCAUCUGCUCGGUCGGCCCUCGACCAAGCUCAAGCGCGUCCAGAUCUUCUCGGUCAUCUUCUUCUGGCUCUGGUUCCUCGCCACGGGCAACCGAGAUGGUCCCAGCCCGCUCAUCCGCAAGCUCAACGCCAAGCUCAAACGCUUCUCGCCAUGGCAGAUCGUCGUCUUCAGCUCCGUCGGCAUCUACACCAUCCGCCACCUCGACUCGCUCCUCGGCUUUGGCGCGCCAGAGCCGCUCGCAAGGAUGUACUCGCGCAACUUUUACCGCACCACCUGGCUCGUCACCGCACUCGACGCCGGAUUCGCCACGGCGAUGAACAUCAAGCCCAAGUGGCUGCGCGACAUCAUGAGCCUCGUCUUCUCGGCCUACUACGUAGUCUAUGCCAACGAGGCCGACGAGAAGCUUAGGAAGUACCGCGCCUUCUGCACCGUCGAAAUGAUGCGCACCACGUGGGAGAAGACCACCAAUCCGUACGUGCGUCUCGUCACCUGGUUCCAUCGCCCCUCGCUGCCCAUCGCCCGCCCGCUGCUCAUCCCGCGCCCCGACCACGGCGCACACCACACACGCCCCACCAAGGCCUGGCUCUUCUACCCCAAGAGCGAGCGUCAGCUGCGCAUGGAGGAGGAGCUCGUGCUCGACUUUUGCGGCGGCGGCUACAUCUGCAUGUCGCCGCAGCAUCACGAGGAGCGGCUGCGCCAGCUCGCAAAGCAGAUGCAGAAACCCGUCCUCGCCGUCGACUACUGCAAGGCGCCCGAGUAUCCCUACCCCUUUGCGCUCGAGGAGUGCUUCGACCUCUACCGCACCCUCCACCUCACCGCAGGCAGCGUCAUCGGCAUGUCCGGCUCGCCCAACUUCCGCAUUCUCCUCACGGGCGACAGCGCCGGCGGCAACCUCGCCACGGGCGUCGUGCUCAAGGUCAUCGAAUACCCGCAGCCGCGCAUCCAGUUGGCGUAUAGCGCCGCUGCGCGCUCCGAGGCGCACAGGCAGCAGCAGCAGCAGCCACCACCACUGCCCAAACCCAUCGGCAUGGUGCUCAGCUAUCCCGCCCUCAACUUUGGCUUCUCCAGCUGGAUGAAGCCCGAGCACCUCCGUCUUUUGCGCCAGCAGAGCGAGGUCAACCUCGACAACCUCGCACAGCAUCCGAGUGUGCCGGCUUCGGCGUCGUCGUCGUCGCUCCGCGCGGCAAGGCGCCGCUCGGCGGCAAAUCUGGCGAGUGUCGCCAAUGCCACCAGUGCGGCCGAGCGCAAGAAGUCCGAGGCAAAGCGCGCGCGCAGCAAGGAGCGCGCGCGCGAUCCUCGCUCGUACCACUCGCUCACCCAGACCGCCGAGCUGCAUCUCGACGAGCGCGCGCGCUACGCCGAGGUGGAGCCCACCUCGGACGAGAACGGAGCGUCGACGCCGCCGUCCGACUCGACGUACGACCGCAUGUACACCGAGUCGGCGCUCACGCCCUCGUGGGAGAAGGGUGGACUGCCGUGGGGCCAGGUGGUGCAGCAGGCAUACCUCGACGAGGCGGCCGACCGCGAGGAGAAGCGGGCGCAGGCGCGCUUCGAGAAGGACCAACGGGCGCUCCAGAAGGUGGCCGAGGCGGCCGACAGCCGCAACAAGGAGCAGAAGCGCGCGCCGUUCAACACGCGCCUCACCGUCACCUCCAUGGCGGGCUACUUCCAGGAUCGCAUCAUCACGCAGGGCAUGCUGCGUGCCAUGGCCAUCCUCUACGUCGGACCGCGCCGCCAGCCGGAUCUGGACCACGACUACUUUCUCUCGCCCGUCGUGGCGCCCGCGCAUCUGCUCGCCGAGUUCCCUCCCGUGCUCUUCAUCUGCGGCGAAAAGGAUCCGCUGUGCGACGACACGGUCAUCAUGGCCGGACGCAUCCGCGAGGCCAAGCUCGCCAAGAAGGCCGAUCUGGAGCGCCGCAGAGCCAUGGCAUCGGCGCGAUUCGGCGAGGGCCUGAGGACGACGCCCAUCGCCGCGAGCGCGAGCAUGGCGACGGCAGCGGCGGAUCCGAUCGAAAACGAGUCACCCGAGGACUGGGUGCAGAUGCGCAUCAUCGAAGGCUGGAGCCACGGCUUCCUCCAGAUGUCGUCGCUCAUGCCCGAGGCCAAGCAGGUGAUCGGCUUCCUCGGCACCUGGAUGUCGCUCGUCUUUGAGGAGCACCGCGACCGUCUCGACGAGGAGCGCGAGCGUGCAGAGGACGAGGCGCGUCGAACGCGCGCAGUGCACACUGCUCAUGGCGCCGCUCCGGCCAAGACACCUGCACCGGUGGGAUCAGCCAAUCCACCAUCGCCGCCGAGCUUGACCACGCCGGACAAGACGUCGCACUCGCCUGGUGGCGAGGCGAGCAUCGCGGCCGCGUCGUCUGCGGUGCAUGAGCACGAUGCUGACGACGAAGACGACGGUGGCGAGGCGCAGGAGGGCGAGCGCAACGACGAGCACGCCGCUCAUGCACACGAUGACGAUGACGACGACGACGACGAUGGAGCGAUCAUGGUGAUCCCCAACAAGCAUCGCGCCGCUUCGAAUCGGCUGGCGAGUGCGCGCGUCGCUUCGGGGCGCAUGGAUGGGCUAGGGACGGCACGACCGGCGCAGCUCGAGGCGGUGGCGCGCGAGGCUGGUGCAGCUGCGCGCUCCCACAGCGACAGCGAGGCGAACGCGUCCAUCUCCGCCGCCACGGCUGCCCCGGGCAGGGCGGAGAGCGAGACGAAUCUGACCGCGGAUGCCACGGUGCGUUCCGGUCUGCCAGGCGCACGCCGAAGCUCCAAGACGGGCACAUCGCACAUCGACCACAAAUACCGCGCCAUGCUCGUCGAGGAGGCCACGCUGCUCUCGCGCCGCCGCGACGACGUGCUGUACGGCCUCGAGAACAACGCGACCGUGUUCAACUCGGACGACGACCACGACACCACCACCGACUCGGCCGCCAUCCGCCAUUGA